AUGAAGCUUGCGGUCCUGGCCUUGGCAUUGCAAAGCUGCGAGCUUUGGGCCGCAAAGGUACCGACAGAGAGACGACCUGAACUCCUCGAAGUGCGUGAGAGCGCCGCAGGUCUCCGGCUGCGGGGGCAAAAACUGCAGGACCGCGCAGAUCCAACCCUUGCAACGUUCGACUCGGAGCUCUAUCCUGUUGCACCCGAGGAUCAGUUGCGCCAAGGUGUUGAGGCCGCCAUUGCCCGGACACCACCGGGGAGCUCCGCUCCAGUGUACACACCCAAGGAGGCGCAGACUCCGAACGCCUUCCCUGGAAGCUCAGAGGCAGCGAUCCGACCCCUUCGGGGCCAGCAGCUGGAAUGUCACGACUCUCCGGCGACAUGGAAGGAUGCCAACAACAACAGCUGCUACCACUACGAGACAGGGCACUGGUGCAACUCGCAGGGCGCUGCAGGUUCUGGAUGGAAAGACACCUGGGGCACCUUUGCCGAAUGGUCCAAAGCCACGGCAGGCAACGGUCCUGUGACGGCCUGCUGCGCCUGUGGUGGUGGUCUCAAGUUCGUUGCCUCUCUGGAAAGUCAGCGACCUCUGGCCUCGAGGCGGCUCGUGGCUCCGGAGGACCGUUUGGAUCUGGACUCCUUGGUGGCGCCCACAGAGACCUUGCCACAGGACUUCCUCGAUGCAUCCCCGGUGAUGGCGCCCAUGGACCGAAUCCCUUCGAAGUUUGCGCACAUCUUGGGCGCCGCAGUGGAGCAGAGGGAGCGGCCGGACGUGCUGGGUCUCUCGGCACGAUUCUUCGCUUCUCCACCGGGCGAUGAUUGCUCAGGUCCGCUUCCUGUAGCGUCGGCUAUCGACCGAGCCCUCGACUAUCGUAUGGGCUUCACAGGAGGUUUCCAGCGCUAUCUCCAGGACCGAGCCCAGCAUGCCACCGCCGGUGGCUUCUUCUACGGGAAGUGGUCUGGAACCGUGAACAUCCUUCAGGCCGGCACGUAUGUCUUCGACCUGGCGCUGGGUUUCGACACGACGAGCUCCAUCAAGAUCGACGGAAAGGAGUUCCUGACCAUGGGGCAGUGCCUGUCUGCGAAGGAUGAGUUUGCUUGCUCGAUGAAGCGCUGCGUUUGGGAGGGCAGUCGUUGUGCUGCGCCUUCUGCUGUAUCGGGUGCCGCGCCGUCGCCAGCGCCCAUGCAAGCUCCUGCACCAGCGCCGGCACCCUCCCUGGCACAGCGCCUGGAGUGGCCAAGGUUGGUUCCCGAGCGCACCUCAAACGUCAUGAGCCCCUGGCACAGUGCUUCCUCGUUGAGCUUCCUGCAGCAAACUCCUGUGGCCCCGUCGCCUGCACCAGCACCUGGCUUAGUGGCUGCAGUAGCACCAGGUCCAGCUCCGGUGCCCGCUGCUCCCGGCCCGGCACCAGGCCAACUCUCACCUGCGCCCGCUGUCGCCGCAAUGCCGGCACCUGCACCGGCGCCGGCUGGAGAGGCCGCCCCCGCCCCCGCGCCGGCCUUUCCUCCCGCCUUUGCAGCCGCCGAAGGGAAACCCGGAGAGCUGCACCUGACAGCAGGAGGUCACUGUGUGGAAGUGAUCGUCAAAGCAGACAGGGACAGCCGAUCGAUUCAGCUGAAGUAUAGCGGGCCCGACACCGGCCACUUGGACACCGUGAUUCCUGGCCAGGUUCUCUUCUGUGACCCAGUUGUGCCCGCAUGCGUGCAGCCAGAGCUGGACAGCUGCAAGGCCUUCACACCGUCGUGUGGUGGAGCUCCAGCACCUGCUCCAGCACUCGUGGCAGUGCCGCCGCCAGCACCAGCGUCAAUGGAGCCAUCCAUUCCUGCAGGCUGGACAAUCCCCAAGAUGAUGGAGGCACCGGCACCCGGCUGGCCACCACCUCGCACCGCCUGGUCUGGAGGUAGUUCUCCUGCCGAUCGCGAGACCCCGCCGCCAGAGUAUGCUCCUGUGUGGGGCAAGAUUCCAGGUGCGGAGGAGAUGUGGGCCUCGCCGAAGCAGGAGCCGAAGGGCUCAACGGAAGCGGAUGACCGGCAAAGCGCGCAUUCGCGCGUCAAGUGGGGAGACUCCCAGGACGAUGACCGCGAGAGGAGACGCGGGGAGAUUCCGGACCACUUUGUGGGCCCUGGGACUACGGUUCUCGGUCGUUCGAGCUCUCAUGGCAAUCUCAAGGACCCAGCAUUCCUGGGCCGGCAUCGACGGCACGGGGCUGGUGGCCCGCCACGAAUCCAUGGAUUCGUUGGACACGAGCGCGAGGACAUAUGCCCUGGCGACUUUGGCUGGCUGGGUGCAGGCCGACGGCACUUCAGCACGAAGGACCACAUGCUAGCGGCUGGGAUGUCCUCCGGGCAGGCUUCACCCAAAGGAAAGAAGCUGAUGCCGGCCCAAGACCAUCUGCAAUCCGGCUGGGGCGUGCACAUACCGCCCGAGCACGAAGUCCGCCAUGGGCGGCAGCGCGAGGCAGCCUUCCAUAAUGGCCUGGAGCGUUUCAUUGGCCAUGGUCGGCGCCACCGCCCCGAAUGGGUGCAGAAGGACAACCCCUUCCGGCCGAUGCAAGAUGCUCCUCCCGGGAACUUGGUCAUAGCAGGAGAUUCGAACGAUGAGCGCUUCUUCCGGUAUUUCUGCAGGCGGCUGACCGGAGAGUUUAAUUCGAUACUGCCAACAACGGAAAUUGAGAACCCUGUCGCGAGCGAGUAUCAUGGCAAGAUUCGGUGGCCCAUAAUGGCCAGUGUCAUGACUUGCCAUGACCGCAGACGAAACAUAAGUGCGGCUUUCGUGUUCCAUCAAGGUUUGUACAGCAUUCCUCCGCAACCAACCUGGUACCUUGAUUUUGCCAAUCGCCGAAUGCACACUCACUACCCCAACGCCGAAGGAAAGAGAGGUAUUCUUCCAAUCACUGACCAGGCACGCUGGAUUUGGCCCCAAGUCGUUCUCCAGCUGCUUCCGAAGCGCGAGAACAUACUGCUCCUUCAGUCUUCAAUGUGGGACUCUAUGGCUGUCCUCGAGGGGGUCGUUGGCACGCGAGUUUCGUUGAUGACAGAGGCGCAGGAUAACAUGACAGUUGAAGCUGGAGCCCACAUCUCGGCCACGAACUUGAGCACCUGGGGUUGGUUAACAAGAGCGGAAGACGUUUGGUCUGCUCUGCUGCAAGGCUUCCGAGAGAACGGCUUGGACGUGGUAGCUCGUCUUUGGCGCACGAAUCCUGAUUGUCCUCGCCUGGUGCACGAGGGCUCCGCUAUUCUAAACCCGCUGAGUCGCCUCUAUGCUGAAGCUGUAAAGGACGCGCAGGCGGCGUCGGCGGGAGCAUGGUUGAACACUUGCAUAGUUGACUUACGUGGAUACUACUUUGAGCCAAGCCCGAGCCAAUGUGACCGUCACCAUUUCACCAAACAAGGCUGGGAAGCCUACUGGCCCCGGCGACGUCCAGUGGGAGGCGCCGACCACAUUGUGCCGGGCUGCGGACAGGCAACCUGCCUGGAGGAUGCAUCACCUGUGGGAAGGCGGCACUUCGGUGCCCGAGACAACAUCCGGCCUGGAUUUGCCUUCGACAAGACCCACAGCGAGGCGGGAGACCGCAUGGCGUGUGGCGUCCAGGGCCAGGAGGCUCAGGCUUGGCACCGGCUGAGUGUUGGGGGAUGUGGGUCCUCGCAGGUGAAGGGCAAGAAGGAGAAGAGCCCCAAGAAGGUGCUGUUGAAGACCCAGCAAGAGGCCUUCAACACUGAUCCCGCAGACUUGCAGCCCGCCUACCUUGUCCGCAAUGGGCUGGAGCCGAUCCAUGAGGACGAAGAGCAUUUCACGACGAUCGCUCCCCCACCGGGUCUCGAGAAGUGCGAUGAUGACUUUUCCGACAGCCUCUGGAGUCGCUCCACUACUGGCGGCAGCGCCGGGUUCGAGACGCAACCGGAAGAGGAGGUGGAGGAUGACUUCACUCAUGCUGCUCUUGCUGAGCAAAUCGCAAAGCUCUCUGCAAUGCAGAUUCAAGAGACCAUGGCCACGAUGUAUUUCAACAACUUGUCUACCUCGCCACCUGCUCCGAUGCAAGCAGGAGAGCCGGCUUUUGCAGCGUCUUGGAUGCUCCUUGGACUUUCCAUACAUCGUGAUGUUCGCAUGUUCAUCACAGAUCUCAAUCUCGGGAUGGAAACAGAUGACCGUUUCAAGCGAUGCGAAACGCCUGAGGCCAACGCCGGUCCGCAACUUCUGCCACUUGGCUUCUCAGAUGUGGCGGUUUGCCGUGGGAGGGCCAGACAAGCCAUGGCUCUUUGUUUCGUCUACGAUCCCGGCAGUGCGUUUCCCAAAAGUCAUGACAUCUCGAGGCCCGUGGUGCGGUUGCAAGCGCGCGGCCUGCUACACCUUCUGUGGCCUGCCUGCAGUUACGGCAGCCAUUCAACUUUUCCUGACUAUGCUCAUGAUAUCUUCUUGGUUUUUGGCAGUGCAGGUUUGCGCAGUCUUCUCAUGCGGCUCGGGCAAGGCAUCACGUGA